AUGAAGCUCUGCAGGCUGCUCCUGGUGCUGGCAGCCGUGGGCUCCAGAUACCUACCUGCCGAAGGUUUCAGUGGCCCUCGCCGUCACAUUCUGCAGCUGGGCGCGUCAAGCGCAUGGCUUUUGUCCCUGGCGCCGACCCUGUCUUUCGAAAACGCGCUGCCCGAAGUGACAAAAUUCUCCGAGAGGAGGACGCCGGGAAAGCAGCCGGAUGACCUUGGACUCAAGGAGCGCACUUUGAAUCGCUUCGGAGACAAGUCCGACGGCGCCGUGCUGAAGGGCUGCGGAUAUGGUCCCAACUGUUUUUCCACGACUGGGGACCCAGAGGACCCGCAGAUUACCACCCUCCUACAGCCAUGGAAGAUCCCAGCCGGAAGCAGCGUGGCUGAUGCCUCUGCACAGCUGGAAGCGGUUUUGCGGAAUUAUCCGCCAGGCCAGCAGAAUGUGGACGGCGGCGGCUUUCAAAUUCUGAAAGCUGGACCCGACGGAUAUGUUUAUGCGCAGUUCGAGAGUCUCAAGAAAGGGAAGAUUGAUGAUUUGGAGUUUGCCGUUGGCAAGGAUGGCAGCGUUCAAGCGCGCUCCUCUGGCCGGAUCGGCCUCAAGGCAGACUUCGGCUCGAAUGCCAAGCGCUUGAACUAUAUCGCUGAGAAGCUGCAGGCUCAAGGCUGGACCGCUCCUUCCAUCACGAAGGACACUCACCCCUACUACUUCUCCAUGAACUCGGGCAAGACGAAGGUGCAAUGCAUCGGGAUUGACUGCCCGGUGAAUUAUGAAUUGAUCGCAGAGGAGCCUGGGCCCAGCGACGAUUGA